CACAGCUGCAAAUGCCUUUAUUCCAGGAUAGAUUACCCUACAAAAGUCGCAGACUAUGCGCACAGCGUCCCAACACCGUCGCGCUUCCCAAAAAAGCCACGCCCAACGUGCCCGCUGUGCCCCUCUGUCGUGUAGUGUGUGUGCCCGCUGCCAUCGGGCUAGGAAAAACAGGACACCGGGGGAAUAUGAUAGUGCCGCAACGGCAAGACAAAUGAAAGGAAAAAGGACACGUCCAGACAUGCUCUGCUGCUCCCCUGUCGCGCCUCGCUUCCACCAACGUUCGUACCAUGGAGUGAAUCCGUUCGUCAAGUGUGUAAGAGAAAGGAAAGGUGGAAAAAAGCAAAUGAAAAACACCGCCGAUGAACACGAGAGAGACUGCCCAUUUUCCCACGCAACUAACACCUUCGGGAAAUGCUUCGCAAUUAUACCGCCCAGACACCGUUUGAGAGAGAGGAAAGGCUGCGAUCCUACACCUGGACAUGCGUUCUGUAUCGGCUCUGCGCUAGUCUGCUGAAUAUUUGCGGAUUCUAGAAACGCUCGAUCAAAGUGCUUGAUGUGUGUUAAUGCAUCAGUGUGACCUCUGGUCACCGCAAAAAGGCCAUGUUAGAGAGCCGCAUCCGGCAUGUUGAUGUCGCUCAUGUCGUGAGGCUCAAUGGCGGCGUGGUUUGCCUGGUUGUACUCUGGCAUGCUAUACGGACUGCCAGCUCUGUAGUCGUCCAGCUCGUCAUCAGGUGGGGAGAAGUUCCAAACCUGCCAAACGGUUAACAACGCAGGCCUAGUCUCUUAGUGCUGCCUAA